UCCGACACCCAACGUGACAUCCGGGAAACUGAAUACUUUCGUCGAGCUUGUUGCUAGCGCGCGCAGGUGACGCAGAAUAACCCAGAUACCCCAAGAUGAGCGAGCAACUCAAGUACAUUGUGGAACAUUUGAACAAGGAGCCGUUCAAGCGUUCCUACAACCUGAUCAGCUUUGACUCCCUAGAGCCCAUACAGCUCCUGCAAGUGGCCAACGAUGUGCUGGCCCAGAUUAAUCCACAACACAAGUUGGACAUUCGUGAGGAGACCGCAGAUGCAACAGCUAUGCGUAUGAUGAAUGAACUGAGGGUCUUGAAGUACAAGCCCAGCGAGGAUGUGAGCACCUUCCGUCAGGGUUUGGUCUCCGGCUACAAGCCAGUCAUCUACCCAAUCCUGGUAUGGCUCUUCCAGAAGAUGCCGGAGCUCAAGAAGAGAGCCUACCUUGCUCGCUUCCUGGUCAAGAUUGAGGUGCCCCCGGAGAUUAUGCAGGAUGACCAAGUUGCUGAUACAUACGGUCAGUACACUGAGAUGGUUGGCCAGUUCAAGGAGCUUCACAAGGAGUCAGAGUCUUUGAAGACGUCUGGUUUCUCCACUGUCGAGAUCCGACGGGACAUCACCCAGAUGGAGGAAGAAAAGGAACAGAUUGUCAAGAGAAUUGAACGCCUGAAAAAGAGGGUUGAGACUGUCAAGAACUAUGAAAGGAUGCUGGAGAUUGCCAGAAACUUCCGCAAGGAGCAGGAUCGUGAGAUGUCCCUGGCCCAGCAGAAACUAGACCAGAAGAAUCAGCUGCAUCAUGCUGAUCAGCGACUGCAGCGAUUCUCCCAGCAGCUGAAGGAUAUCAAGCAGUCCACUGUUGGAGCGACGACUGAAGGCCUGAUCAAGAAACUUGACGAGGAGAACAAGAUCAAUGCCUACCUGUGCCAGGAGAAGUUACCCAAGGAGGUGGAGGCAAAACGCAAGGCGUGUCAGGAUCUGGAGCGAGUCGUCAACGAGCCAGCUAUGGGGCAGAGUGACUUGGACGAGAUUCACACACAGAUCAAAACGGUGAACUCGGAUGUGAACGCGCUGAUCGAGAAGCGCAUGAUGAGCAACGACCCCAUCGACGACAAGAUGUCACUGUUCCGUCAGCAGGCUGCCAUCAUCGGCCGCAAGAAGGAGACUGCGGCCGAGACGUUACAAGACUCCAAGGAUGAGCUGCACGCCUGCCAGCAGGAGGCUGCAGAGAAAAGGGAGAAUGUCAGGGGGCUGCAGGGGGAGGAGGUGCUCAAAGGAGACGAGUUCAAACGCUAUGUAAACAAGCUGCGAGGCAAGAGCACCAUCUACAAGAAGAAACGGCAGGAGCUGGCUGAGCUGAGAGCAGAGCACGGCGUGCUGUCCAGAACUGAGGAGAUCCUCCGGCAAAGAGACGAGGUGCUACAGAAGACACUGGCUAAACUGGAGGCCAAGAAGGGCGUGGCCGGUUACCAUGACACCCAGGAAGAGCUGGAGAAGGUGUCGGCCAUCAAGAGUGAGUUGGAUGACAUGAAAGGACGGACCCUGGAGGACAUGUCAGAGAUGGUCAAGAAACUGAACAUGACCAUUUCUGCCAAGAAGGCGGACCUGGCGCCAGUCAUCAAGGAGCUGAGACCGUUACGCCAACAAGCACAGGAGUUGGAGACUGUCUACAAUGAGAAGAAAUCAUCGUAUGAUCAGCUGGCUGCCGGGCUGGAGAGCAACCGAUCCAAGCUCGAACAGGAGGUGCGGGCCUACCGUGAGGAAUGCUCUCAAGAGGAGAGUCGCUACCACUACCUGAACUGCAUGCGCCGCAUCAUCGCCAUGCAACAGCAGCGAGUGUCGGACGAGAUGAAGGCCUACACCUCCUCAGACCCUGCCGAGAAGAAGAAGGCAUUCCGUGACCAGUACACACGGAAGAUACAAGAGCAAGAAAAUCUGGGGAAGAGUCUCCGUGAUAAGCAGAAGUCGAUCAAGGAAAGCCACGGCCCCAACAUGAGGCAGAUGAAGAUGUGGAAGGACUUCCAGACACUGAUGGAGUGCAAGCGAGAUUGUCAUCUGAACCGGGGCCAGGUGAUGGACACUUCAAAGAUGAUCCGGGAUGAGGUCAACCAGGAAGACAGGCUUAUCCUGUGAAAUGUUUCUUAGAUUUGCUGAUAGACAAUGUUAGUUUCUCUGUGGUUGUGCAAGGAACAAAAUGUGUAUUUUGUGUUGCCUGUAGUACAUAAAUACGAUUCUUGCAUUUGAAAAUAGAUCCCCAUGCAAGUAGUGUAGAUGGUCGUAUGUGUUCUGGUCAGGAGAAUGUUGGAUGACACACUGUGUGAGCACGUUACCAAUUUUCAACUGCACAGUACCAUACCGUUUGUGCUCUCCAGUAUCACUGCAUUUUCACCAUUGAGGGAGAACUUGAGUACAUACGUCAGGAUAUUAAUAUAAUUUGGGAUCCAGGGUAUUAAAGUUGGGACAAGAUUAUAACCUUUCUGACACUGCAAUAUUCAAGUCCGAGUUUCAAUUUUUUCUUUGGGUGGGGGGGGGGGGGGCAGCAUGGGCCUAAAGCGAGGGGAACAUCCCUCCCCAAAUAUUUGUAGUAUUUCAUUUGUGUUGAUUCAGCAUGGUAAGGAAAACAGGACGAAAAAAAAGUAUCACUUUGUUCUUUAUUCAAAUGUUACUUCAAAAUUCAGUGGAUUUUUUGGGGGAAAAAGGUAUGUAUGAGGUCAUAUUUAAAUAGAUAAAGAUCAUUUUAAGUAUCAACAGAAUCUUAUUGUUACAGUAAGUGCAGUUUGCUUGCAGGUCAUUUGAAUAAACAACCUGUCUAAGCAAUUAAAGUAUUUUCACUAAAGUUAAAAUUGUAACUUGCAGUUGAAGUGUACGGAUUGGUUGUGUUUUCAGAGUAUAUAAUGUCCUGUAACCUACUAACACAAAACUGCACAACAUCACCAAUCAAAUUUGGGGGAAAUGGAAAACUUUUAACAUUGUCCUCAUUUGAUCUACACUGAUCUCAUCAGCUCAGAACUUUUUUUGUUAUAAAUUCCUGUUGGCAGAUUUGUGUGUAUGUUAAAAUAAUUUAGUCUUGCUUUAAAACAAUAUUUACCUUGAAAGUAAAGUAGAGAUACCAAACAAUUAAAAAAAAAUUGAAUUCUUCAAUUAUUUAAAUUUGUAUAUUUCUGCUGCAAUAUUGCAAUCACCUUGUUUGUACAGAAUAAUUACAUUAGAAUGGUGUGUGUUGUGUGAAUAAAAUAUACAUUUACAGUUCAAAUUA